AUCAUCACAUGUCAUAAAUGUUAGUUUCACGUAUUUUAAACAAAGCUAAAUAAAAACGGCCCUUUUUUUUUCUUAUCUUUUUCUUUUACUAAAUAUGAAAGAAUCAGAGAGGAGCAUUUUAAGCAAGCCGGUCUCACAAGUUAUACCAAAUGUUCGUUGGGCACCGCUACGGGGGAUCCCCUUUGAGCGAAGAGUACAGACAGCUGUAGUCUUUGUAUGGAUAUUUUUGUUGGGCAACUGUUUAGCGAUAUUUGGACUUGCGUUACUUAACCCAUUUUUAUGGCCAGUUGAUCUUGCCUACAUUAUCUAUUUAUUGCGUGACCAAUCUCCAGAAAAUGGAGGACGUCGUUCAGAGUGGUUUCGUCGGUUACCUUGUUGGAGUUAUUUUGCUGGUUAUUUUCCUGUCAAACUUGUCAAGGAAUGCGACCUCGAUCCCAGCAAAAACUACGUGUUUGGGUAUCAUCCUCACGGCAUCAUCAGUAUGGGAGCAUUUACAAAUUUCGCGACAGAAGCAACAUCGUUUUCCGAACUUUUCCCGGGUAUUAAACCUUCGUUAUUGACCUUGACAACCAAUUUUAAAUUCCCUAUCUAUCGCGAUAUCAUCUUGGCAUGCGGUAUUGCCUCCGUCUCUCGCCAUUCGUGUGAAUACAUCUUGUCCUCUGGACCAGGCCGAUCCAUCGUGAUUGUGAUUGGUGGCGCCGCCGAAUCGCUAAAUGCGCGUCCCGGUGAAGCCGACCUUGUUUUAAAACGUCGCCUCGGGUUUGUUAAAAUGGCCAUCCGCCACAACGCUGACCUCGUACCUACUUUCUCGUUCGGAGAGAAUGAUUUAUAUGAACAAGUAGAUAAUCAUCCUGGAAGCACUCUUUUAAAGAUUCAAAAAAAGAUGCAAAAGGCUUUAGGUUUUACACUUCCAUUGUUUCAUGCACGUGGUAUUUUUAACUAUGACGUUGGUUUACUCCCAUAUCGACAUGAUGUUGUCACAGUGGUGGGCAAGCCAAUCCCCGUUCCGAAAUUAGAGCCAGGCCAAACAGAUCCUACCGAGGAACAGUUAAAAGAAACACAACGAUUGUACAUAGAAGAAUUAGAAUCAAUUUACAACAAGUACAAGGAUAUCUAUGCUAAAGACAGAAAGCAUGAUCUUCGUAUUGUCAGUUAAUUAUAAAAUAGAAAAAAGUAAAAUAAACCAGUUUUUCUUUUAUUAUUAAUAUAUAAAA